CGGCGGCGGGCGUCCUGGGCGGGCGCGGCGCCGAGGCUGCUGGCGCGUCCCGGGGGUUCCGAUUGAAGACCUGGCUGCUUGUUGCCCACUGGAUUAUGCCCAAGGCUUUCCUCCCCAAUGAUCCUCUUGCAACACGCCGGGCUUCCUCCACCUAAGAGGCCCUCAUCCUCUCCUCCUAUGUCAGUGGCCACCAGGUCUACAGGAACCUUGCAGCUUCCACCACAGAAGCCUUUUGGGCAGGAGGCUUCCUUGUCUUUGGCUGGAGAAGAAGAGUUACCCAAAGGAGGAGACCAAGACACUGCCCUGGAGGAGCUAUGUAAGCCUCUAUACUGCAAACUCUGCAAUGUCACCUUGAAUUCAGCGCAACAGGCCCAGGCUCAUUAUCAGGGUAAAAAUCAUGGUAAGAAACUCCGAAAUUACUAUGCUGCUAAUAGCUGUCCUCCUCCUACCAGAAUGAGCAAUGUGGCAGAGCCUGCUGCCACUCCAGUUGUUCCAGUCCCUCCACAGGUGGGCUCCUUUAAGCCGGGAGGCCGAGUGAUCCUGGCCACCGAGAAUGACUACUGUAAGCUCUGCGAUGCCUCCUUCAGUUCUCCGGCCGUGGCUCAGGCUCACUAUCAAGGGAAGAAUCAUGCCAAGAGGCUGCGACUGGCGGAAGCCCAGAGUCACUCAUUCUCGGAAUCCUCAGAGGUGGGUCCACGGCGGACCCGGAAAGAAGGGAGCGACUUUAAGAUGAUGCCUAAUAGGAGAAGUAUGUACACAGUACAGAACAAUUCAGCAGGUCCUUACUUCAAUCCUCGUUCUCGGCAGCGAAUCCCACGAGAUCUAGCCAUGUGUGUUACUCCAAGUGGCCAGUUUUACUGCUCCAUGUGCAACGUUGGGGCUGGCGAGGAGAUGGAAUUCCGGCAGCAUUUGGAGAGCAAGCAGCAUAAAAGCAAGGUGUCUGAACAGCGGUACAGGAAUGAGAUGGAGAAUCUGGGAUAUGUAUAGUGAUUGCUGUAUUCUAGUAGAGCAGCUUGUCCUGCCUGUUGUUUGCCUUCUGUCAACCUGCCCUGCUUUGUGGUCUUUUGAUAUGAGUACAUUCUUCUGCUUAAUGUUAACACAUGUAACCUGCAGUGGUACCAUGAGAUGUCAAAACUGGGGGUAGGAGGAAAGAAUAUGCUUCUUAGGUCCUAAUGCUUUCUCAGGUCAAUUAUGUUGAGCUGCUAAGCAUGUGACCUACCUACUCCAUCAGAAAUAACUGUUUCUCUCGGCCAAGUUCUGGUUGACUACUAGUCUGGCCGUUUAGAGCUGUGACUAUUGGAAAAUUUCAUCAUCUGUUGCAGUUCUAAUUUUAGAUUCUGUUAAACCAAGACUUAUGUUGAGUUCUUACUUUAGAUCACAGUAAAAAUAAGAAAGCAGAGAUUUGAGUUUCCCCAGGUUUCAUUGGAAAAUCACCUUAAUGCAUUGUCAGUAAGAUCACUAUUAUAAACUCUGUGAGGGUCUUUCCCAGGUCAUAUUUUCCCAGUGUCUACCACUUCCCCAUCAUUAAAAUGCAGGUUUUCUUGAACUCUGACAUUUUAGAUGUAUUUGUAUACUUCCAGACAGCCUACGUUCAUCCCCAGUUAUGGAUUUCCCACAAGUAAUUGCCACCACCUUCCCUCUUCUUUUUACCCCCGUCAUUGCAUCAACAUGUCUAAUAAGCUUACAUUCAUGCCCCAGCUGUGCUGUGGGAUUUCCAAGCCCCACAUUUGAAUAGUAUCUAGAGAGUUAAAGCUUGAUAUUGUUUGUAAGAUUUUUUUGUUCAGCUGAUUUUUAGGAAAUGUGAAUAUGUAUUAGGUUUUUCAUUUUAGAGUUGUGAAUUCAUUGAUAGUAGCAUGCACUUAUUUGAAAGUCUCAAUGGUAAGUUCAGAUCUCUUGACAUUUGCUUUUGGCAGACUUUUUAGAUAAUCCGAUCCUUAUACUUUACUUAUAUUCCUCUCUAUCCUGCCAUUUAGUUGGCUGACCUGAAAAAUGCUACCAUUUGCUAUUUCAUAGAGAGGAAGUUUUUUAAAAAGUUAAUCUAGUUUCAGUUACAUUAUUUCCUGUAGAAGAAUAUGUGGAUUUUGGUUUUCAUCUUUAUAUGGCUUCCUUGAAGAGACUAAAAGUAUGUUAUAGAUGACUUUGGUAUCUGAUCAUUAUAAAUUUUUGUUUUUCAAAUGAGAAGCCAUUGUGUAUAUCUGGAUUAUAAUGAAAUAUUCUAUAAACUUCCAUUAAUCAUAUUUAAUCUAUUUACUAUAGUUUAUGUUACAUGGAUAAGAAUGGUGCUCAUUCAUGCUUCUUCUGAAAGGCCACAAUCAACUGGAAGUUUAUACUGAGCAUCCUUUUCACUAUGAUCAAUUUAUAUUUGAUUGCUUAUGUUACUUAUUAAAAGUAAAGUUUCUGUUUCUCAUUGAAAAUUUUAUAGGCAAAUAGAUGGAGAGAAGGGAAAUUAUAAUCACCAUUGAUUUUCUAUACUAUUUUGGAACAAUGUUUGAACAGCUUAGGCCCAUAAUUAAAAAUCAGAUUUGUGAUUAUCAUUUAGUAAAGUAUUAAGUUAUUUUCUUCUGUGGGAAUGGUGGUUUAUUAAAAAGUAGAAUUAUUCAGUAAUUUCUUCCAGAAAUAAGAAUGAAAUAGUGUGUGGUUGAGUUUUUAGUUAGACACGUGAUUCUUAGUAUGAUAAUCCUUUUUGAAGUAAUAAAGUUCACUUUGUUAGUUUAGGAUGAUGUAGGGCUUAUCUUAUUGGCCAGUAGGUUACUCAUUUUGCUGCUAAGUAUAAUUUUUUGGUAGAUUUUAAUAUAGUGCUGGCCACUUUGUCUUAUGAUUACUUAAAAAAUCUCAUUUUUCUCUUUGUGUCUAUAUACACACAGCCAUAUUCAUCCCAGCCCCACACAUAGGUGUUUUUAUGUCAUACCAUAAAGAGAAUUUCAUUGACUCCUUAUUUCAGAUAACAAUGAAGAAAAAUGAAUAUGAAUUUACAUUUUAUAAAGCUGGCACUCAUCCACUUUCAGUUUUUCCUACGGAAACAAAAUGAAAGGAAGCGUUUUUCCCCUUCUCCCCACUUAACAACUUGGAUGAAAAACGGUGGACUUAAGGGCCUGAUGUUUUUGCAGGCCUUGUGAAUUCAGGUUUCCAGUUUCCCAGUGCCCUUAAUAGAUGUUAUGAAUACAUAAGAGCAUUUUCUUUUAAAGAAAGAAGUUAGAUUUAUAGUGUUAUUUCUUACUUGCUCUAUUUCUUUGCACUAAAAAAAGAGCUAUGUGUUUGUUUUAUAUGACACUUUAGUACCAUAUUGCCUAAAAGAACUCAGUUUGUUCCUUAAUUUCCAAACUCCAGGACUUUGUUAAGUACUUCCAUGGUCAUUGCUAGAGGUUAUAUACGCAUCUUAAAAAAAACCCACACCUCUAGUCUCGGGCUUGUUACCUUGCAGGAUUCUCCUGUGUUUCAUAGGUGAAACGGAGGUUGUCAUCUGUGCCUGGUGCAGGUUCUCACACUCACACAUCCCACGUAGACAGUGUUGUUCCCUGUCUUGGCAGGCGGUUGUUGCUCCUGAAUCAGUGAUAUGUGAUCUUCGUUGGUUUCAAAUUUUGUGAAGUCCAGUCUUGCUCUGUACCGUGCUUUGGGACUUGCACCCUGUGCUCCCCCGGGAAUCCUGUUCCUGUCUUUUUAUAUACUGUAUCCAAGGGUAUCUGAGGCCUAACAAUGAAAAACCUUCAGUCAGAAACAGUAGAUUACAGUCAUCAUCCCUAAGAACUCAUGGCGUCAGUCUCUUUUCUCUGUGAAUAUCUUUGUGUAAGUUGUCAUUAAAAAUCAGUGUUAGAAGAUAACAGUUAGAAACUCUUCUAAGGUAUUGUGGACAAGAAGUUGUAAAGGAAAAAUUUCACAUUCCAAUUAAAUGAUUGGAUUCCAUUUGCCUUCAAAGUGUUUUUUUUUCUUUAAAAAAAAAAAAGUUAAGUGACAGAAUUGAAUGUGACCUGUAAUCCCUUUGAGUCCAUACUGAAGAGAAAUGCUUUGUUAGUCUGGCUUUGUGUCUCAUGCCCUGCGACUUGUAAAUAAGUGCAUGUGUGUAUUGCAUUUGUCUGCUUGUCUCUUAUUGUGCUGAAUUCUGGAAGGUGAAUAAUUUUUCUAUACUAUUUAUUUUGAAAAAGUUCCUCCUACCCAACUCUUCCUAAACCAUUUAGGAUUUUUGAAACCCUGAGGUUGAAUGAAGAAUCAUGGUUGAGAUCAUCCUAUGUCUGAUUUAAAAGACUAACAGGAAGGAAAAGAUGCUCUAUUUGAUUUUGCAAAGCUGUUUUAAGAACUGUAUGCUUUUGCCUAUAGCUGUCUACCUACAGUUUGAACAAGGAUAUAAGGAAAUACACACACACACACACAUACACAUAUACACAUACAGUGGUGCUUUAAAAAGUUCGUGGGAAAAUAGAAUCAGGAAAUAAGUUUAUUUUAGUGCUAACAAUUUUGAAAUCUAUACGUAUGUGGAAUUUUCAAAAAGUCCAUGGAAAAUGUGUAUUAUGCAAGAAUUAUGCAUGGAUUUCAAAAUAUUUUGCACCAAAAUAAGCCUACCUUUUAAUUUCAUUUCCACUGACUGACUGAAGUCCCUUUGUAUGUAUACAUUUGGCUAAGUCUUCCUUUGUAGAGAGAUUCUAAGGAUUAGCUUCAGGAUUUAUGAUUCUUCACUCCUGAGUUGGCUGAGAUUGUAAACAAUGAGUUUGAGGACUGCCCAGUGAUUUGUGUAAGAUGAGUCUUGUUUGUGUCAAAGGAGACGUGGAAGUGUUUGAUACAACAUUUCCUGCAGAAAUGGUAGAUUUGGAAUCUCACCUAUUUUGUUUCCUCAGUGUCAGAAUUCAGACUGGAAGUACUCUCUGGAGAGCUGGUGAGUUGUAUAAUCGGGAUGAUAGAGCUUCUUUAGACAUAAGACAACAUUCUAGCAGUAUAAGCAAAAUGUUAAUUGUACAAAGCAAAGAGUUUUUGAAUAGAUGUUUUAAAGAAUUCUACCUUCCCAACUGUUUCUUAGCAGCCCAAAUCAUUGUUGAGGAGUUUCAUAGAUAAGAAAAUCUUUUUUAGUGUUAUUAUUUUUGGCGGGGGAACCCCUAUCGUCAUAAGCUACUACUAUCCAGAUACCUGAAUGGACAAUUAGCUAUGUAAAUAACUUCUCAUAAGAGAUUUCUACUGAUAGCUGCUUCAUUUUUUUCUUCCCUUUAUGAAAGGGAGGAUCAUUAGUAAACUCCCUUUCUGGGUAGCUACCAAAAAGAGUACUGGCUUAUGGUCCUAUGUGACCCUGUCUCCGUUAAGCCCAGAAUAUGAGUGCCUUUAGCAAGCAUUAGCAUUUCACAGAGAGAAGAGAUGACAGAAUUAUUGCCAUUAAUCACAACUCAUAAAACAGGCACUUGGAAUAGCAAAGGUCUGUGUGAAUUCUUCUCUUUUAUUUCUUAAUGCAAUCUUAAUUUAAUAUCAAGAAAACCUAUUACCAUUAUUGGUCAGGAACCAUAUUCCCAGAAAAUAAAUUCAGUUGUUCCAGACUGGCAAGAGUCAUAGGUCAUUUUGCACCUCGAUCUGUGUAACAUUUGUAUUUAGUGAAUGGUGGUGUGGUGGGUUGGGAGAACUUGACAAUUUGGGAAAAUUAUUUUUUCCAGUACUUUAUUCCAACUUUUCUGCAGAGGGGAGAGAAUUAUAUAUUUGCAAAUACGGUGUAUAAAGAGGCUGUGAGACAUAAUAAUUAUUAAUUGUGUUAGUUUGUCUUUACAUUAAAAGAGGCAUUUUCACCAGUCAGGCUUGAAGCCUUUUAAAACAAAAUUUUCCCUACUUUGGUUAAUUGAAAAUUCUGAAUUGCUGAGUACUUAGAGAAUCUUUAAAACACUGCUAAGUUAAUUUUUUGUAGAAAUAUUAAUAUUUUUAACAUUUUAUCAAAAAAUUUGACAUUUAUCAAAGUUGAAAAAAUUUAUAGUAUACUCACCACUAGAUUCUGCUACCUUCAGCAUUUUAUUGCACUUGUAUUCCUACAUAUCUCUCCAUCCCUCCAUUCACCUAUCCAUUUUUUUUUUGAAAACAUUUCAAUGUAAAUUUCAGAUAGGACAUCUUGCCUACCCCAAAUUUUUAGUAUAGAUGUCAUUAACUAGAGUUUAGUGUUUAUUUGAAUAUCCUUAUCUUUUUGAAAGCAGUGUGUGAAGUUGAUAACCUGAGCCAACUGAUGGAUUGGUUUUCUCCUGUGGACUUUAGUCUUCCAGUUUCUGUUCUGGUGUGUGCUUACUGGGAGGGAAGGUUACUCCUUUUUAGAAGGAAGUGUUCUUGAGGUGGUCAUUUAAAAUGCUUAAUCAUCAUUCAUGUUACAGUUUCAUGGCAAGAAUGUUUUCUUUACUCCUCUUCUGAUGGUGUGUUUUUUGCUGAACUAUGCAGUUUCUUUGAAAACUGUCAGUUACUGGUUGGGGUGUAUGAGCUCGGCUCACGCCAUAUGUCAGUCUUGCUGCUUUUCUGCCUGCCUGCCUUCUCCUUUCAUUAUUGAGCUGCUCCGCCGGAAGUGGAGGGGAGGAAAGGCUCCAACCCAUGUGUGAUUAGCUGGUUUACACAGUUCCAGGAAAGUAGUUUAGAAAGUCAAAACUAUUGGUUUAUUUAAAGAUAUGGUUUGAAUUUCCCAUGCUUCCUCUCAUUAUAAUCAGCAGAAUUAAAAAUGAUUGUACUGUACAAUGAGUUGUUGAAAUUGUGAGCCUUAUUAACUAACCAUUUUUAGCUUUAGUAAUAUUUACAACAUUUUUUGAUCUAUGCCUUUAUUUUUAAUGACCACUUUUUUGUGGGUAAAAUCUGAAGAAUUUAAGUGACUUAUCCCAGAUCAGGAAGAUUCAAUGUGGAAAAUUGACUCACAACUGAAAUGUAGAUGUUCGCGACUCAUAUUCUUGUACUUGUUUGAUAAAAUUCAUGGUUUCCAAAGUAACAGAAUACUUCCUUUGGGCCCUUGAAAAGAAAAUAUGUGUAUUUACUAAUUAGACUUUUAUUUUUAGACAUUGCAAAUUUCUUUGAGUUUAAAGAUAUUCUUACAGUUCUUAAUUAAGUCCAGUGCAAUUACUAAAAAUCUCACUGCACUGCCGAGUACUAAUAAUGUAGGUUUUAUCUGAUUUCUGUUUGCAUUUAAACGACUUUCAUGAUUCACUGAUAAUUCUGUGUAAGUACAUAAGUGAACCCCUCACUAGUGAAAAUAACUAUUCUAUAUCACUGAUUAUGAGUGUGUUCUCUACAUGAUAUAUUUUUUUAAGGAAAAGGAAUUCCAUGUGUCAGUGUGAGUGGUGUUAUCCUAGAGCAAAGCACACAUAAAGUAGUUUAUUUCUGCUCUGCAAAUCUGACAUUUAUGGGAACAAAGCUCUUUGGGAGUGUCUGGCUGUUGUUUUGCCUUCUUUUGGUACCUGAGUACCUUCCUGUGCUUUUUGUAAAUCAGCGUGUCACUCAGUACGUUCUGCAUUCAUUGGUGACCUCGUGGUCCCUUUGGCUGACUGUAAUGACUUAGUGUGGGAGUGGUGUGUCUGCUUUGAGAUGCCUUACUAGAUAUGUCACACUCUGCUUUAAAGCAUUCCAUGUCUCUGCUAGGACAAAAAGUUGCCUCUCUUGGAUGUAUGCUGUAGAUCCAGAAGCAAAUCUGAGUUUGCUUUCACUGCAAGCUUGCAUUUAAAUGCAGUUAUUGUUUUAAAUUAGAGAAUAAAAUCCCAAAACAUGAAGGGAGACUAUAGAACCCUUCAUUUAGUGGCAUGGCAAACUUUUAAAACCGCUUUUGCUGUUUCACUAGAACCAUAUUUUUGGUAAAGGAUAUUAAAAAAAAACCCAACCCAAACUGUAUGAAAUUGGGUUGUUUCCUAAAAUUUUCUCUAAAUGUCAUACAGGGAUUUAGGAUCUCUGUAUGCUGUUGGAGCACAGUGCCAGUCACUACUUUGGAAAUCUGUGUUUUGGGGCUACAGAAAUGACAAAUGUAUCAUGGGAUUAAAACCAAUCAACUGUGAAUUGUGAAACUGAAAUUGCUACUUUGGUUUUAUUUUCUUCAGCGUAUUGAAUAUAGAAACCUGAAAGUUAUUAAAAUUUACACUGCUUAUGUUGAUGGCUUAUUUUGGCUGUGUAUCCUCACUUAUGUACUGAUUUCUGAUAAAGGCUUGAUGUUAUUAAAACAGGCAUUUUGUGUUCAAUUUAAUAAAACAGUUUCUGA